AUGACGUUCGAUCCGAGGGAUUGGGCGGGGUUGAUGCGACGCGCGAGCGCGUCGGGGGUUCGGGACGGCGACGACGGCGACGGCGACGAGGAUUCGGACGCGGUCGGACGCCGAGCGCGGGUGUUCGGGAGAGAACCCGCGAGUUUCGAGGAGUGCGGACUUCCGGAGACGAUGGUGAAACAUUUAGUGGAGAACGUCGGGUUCGCGUCGCCGACGGCGGUGCAAGCGCGGACGAUUCCGCGAAUGUUGGCGGGACGCGACGUCUUGGUCCGGGCGGAGACUGGAUCGGGGAAGACGCUGAGUUACAUCGCGCCUCUGUAUAGUAAAAUAGGUGGGAUCACGCCGAGGGUGACGAGGAACGAGGGCACGCGCGGGCUCGUGCUCGUGCCGACGAGAGAGCUCGUGACGCAGGUUGAGGAUUUGGCGAGACGCGUGGGACGACCGUUUCACUGGGUCGUGACGAGCUCGAUCAUGGGCGGGGAGAACAGGACUAAGGAGAAGGCGCGACUGAGGAAAGGGGUGUGCUUAUUGAUCGCCACUCCGGGUCGGCUCCUUGAUCACUUGCGCAUGACGGAAUCGUUCAACGUCGACAACUUGAGAUGGCUCGUCCUCGACGAGGCGGACCGGCUAUUAGAUUUGGGAUUCGAGGAGGAUCUGAACGCCAUUCUGAACGAGAUCGGACGGCGAACGGAGGGUGCGAGCAUCUGUACCGCCCUGCUCUCCGCCACGCUCACCCCGGGGACGGCUCGUCUGGCUGAGCGCAUGACGGACCCCGUCACCGUCGUCGUCGAGCCCGAGCGCGACGACUUGGAAAUCGUCGGCGACGGCGACGGCGACGGCGACGGCGACGACGAGGGUGGCAUGGACGUCGAGGGGUUGAAACGAAUGGCAAAAAUCAUGGCGGGUGGCGAUCGCGUGCGCAUGCCGGAGGGAUUGAACCACACCGCGGUGGAGGUUUCGAUGAAGGCUCGACUGCCCGCGUUGGCGGGUCUCCUCGCGGGUUGGAUGCAAGGAUCCAUCUCCAAGGCGAUCGUCUUCUUCUCAUCGUGCGAAUCCGUGGAGUUUCACUACAAAACUCUCCGAUGGCUCGCCGCCGGGGGCAAGGGUAAGGUGGAGGACGACGACGAUUCGGUGCAAGGCCCGUACGAGAUUUUCCGUCUGCACGGCUUGCUGAGUCAAGGCGAGCGCUCAAACGUGUUCAAGAACUUUGCCAAGACGAAGACGGGUGUUUUGCUGUGCACCGACGUCGGCGCGCGCGGUUUAGAUUUCAUCGGCGUCGGCGCCACGGUACAAGUCGACCCACCGAGCGACGCGACGACGUACAUUCAUCGCGUCGGUCGCACCGCCCGUCUCGGCGCCGCGGGCGAAGCCGUGCUGUUCUUACAGCCCAAGGAGCGCGAGUUCGCGGAGGUUCUCACCGAAAAAGGCGUGUGCUUCAAAAAGGGAAGCGCCGCGGCGAUGCUCGACGUCCUGGGCGGCACCGAGGACGCGAGCGAUCGCGACACGCGCGCCUUCGCGGACGCCCCGCAUCUGCACCCGGCGUCCCAGCGCAUGCUCCGUCGCCUCCAGGCGAAAAUCGCCUCGGACGCGCGAUACGACGCCCUCGCCAAGGACGCGUUCCGCGCCCACGUCCGCGCCUACGCCGCCUUCCCGAGCGCUCUCAAGCACAUCUUUCACGUCAAGCGUCUGCACCUCGGCCACUGCGCCUGCGCCUUCGGGCUCCGCGACGCCCCGACGCUCAUCGGCGCCUCGGCGACAAAGGCGGCGCUCAAGCGCGCCCGCGACCGCGCCGUCGCCGACGCGCGCGCGUCCAAGUCCAAGGCGCGCGACGUCCGGGUCGCCAAAAAAUCAAAGAAACUCGCUCGGGGCGCCAUCGAUCGUCGACCCAUCGGCGUCGACGACGCGGGCGCGACGUGA